AUGUCUGACAUAGGCUCGGUUUAUGGGCCAAGGGUCCAACUAGAAUUUUUAUUAGAAGCAAUCCACAAGCUUGAUAAACAGCUAGAGGGUGGUCUCUCACAAAUGAAAUCUUCUACACUAUACAAAGGAUACAAAUCUCAGCUUGCAACCCAUGAGGCUGCACAUCAAUGUGUCCUGCUAACAACAUGGGAGAUCGAAGCAGUUGAGCAUCAACAUACAUUCCUCACUGCCAUUCAUGCUGAACAUGUAGAGCAGUUUGGAGGAGCAGAGAAAGAGUUGCAAUGCUACACAAGGAUCUUUUCUCAGUGUAGCCUUGCAAACACUGCUGAGGACAAGGACUAUAUCCAAGCCAUCUAUGAAGAUGAAUGCCAAGCCCUUCAUGUCAUCAAUGCCCAGGCUGACCAGGUUGUGAAGCUCCUGAGUAAGCGAAUCAAAGAUACUUUCUUGGCACACAGCGGAGGAUUUCUGCUGUACCCUAGUGGAAUUCCCUGCUUUGGUGAGGUCGAUGAUAGGGGACCUACAGAUACAGAUGACUCAGAUGGAUCGGAUGAUGGGAUAUGCAUGUCGGAUCCAAACCUCAAUGAUUUGGGUAGAGAUUUAGGCCAUGAAGAGUUAGAUGGCUGA